CGACGUACCUCGCCUUGCCCUCUCGCACUCUGUUAGAAGGCCGCUCUCCAUAUGAUGACUCUAAAGCUUAUGCCUCUUUCCCCGCGUGCAAGCAUGUCCGCGCCGCGAAAGACAAUAAUCGAGGCUGCCGUACCGAGAUCCGACGUCCCGAAAUACCUACUCAGUUUCAAGCACUCCUUGUCCGUCCCGAACUUGGUGUGUUACAUAGCUCUGAACAUGAAGCCCGUUGGGUGUACCUGGACUGAAUCUGUAUACCCACCGCCCUUUUCUUCCGAAAUGACCGGCAUGUGCCGCAUAGCAUGAUGGAACCCUCUUCAUGAUACUCUCCGAGUCCUUGUCCUCUGCGCACAGAUACCAGCAGCUCGGUGAGGCGCGGCGAUGACUCAGAUAAGGAUUCAUCCAUUGUUUGCCAGCAGGAUAUAUAGGUGUGCUGGUAUGUGGGCACUCCACAAUCGGAACUUCUCAUCGGUGCCACAAUGUUCAGCCUUCUCCGACGACACCUUUACACCCUCUUCCUCUUCACGUACAGCGACAUGAAGACCAUCUUGCUUCCAAUAACUGUCUUUGCCUCGGUAGCAGCACCUGCGCAGUCGCCACAAGGCCUCCUACUCGGAGUCUUCUGGACAUGGUUGCACCAGCUCCACGCCAACCUCUCAAACCAGUACAAGGCGCUGGAGGAAGACAAGAUGAACAAGCCCUGGAGACCCUUGCCCGCGCACCGCGUCACUCCCCGGCAGGCCGAGCUCCUGCGCUGGACCCUGAUCCCACUGACGAUCGGCUUCUCCACUAUCGGCGGCCCACACGCCAUCGCCGCCAGUAUCUGGCUCGCAACAGCCUUGGUCAUCUACGAGCAGCCCUCCGUCAGCGGCCACUGGCUCGGCAAGAACAUCCUCAACUGCGCCGGCUACAUCGGUUUCGAAUACGGCGCAACAGCAAUGCUGGGCGAGGGCAGGCCUCUGAGCGCGUCGGCGGUGCUCUUGCUGCUAUGCAGCGGCCUCGUCAUCCUCACCACCAUCCACGCGCAGGACUUCGCCGACAUCGCCGGCGACUCCGCCCUCGGCCGCGUCACCUUCCCCAUCCGCGCCCCCGCCCUCUCCCGCGCGUUCAUCUACCUCGGCAUCCCGCUCCUCUCCCUCGCGCUCUCCGUCGCCUGGGAUAUGUUCUGGGCGGCCCGCGUACUGUUCCUCGCGCUCGGCUCCGCAGUCGCGUGGCGGUUCUACGCCUUCCGGACGAUCUCGCAGGACGCGCGGUCGUAUGUGUUGUACAAUGUAUGGCUAUUCAGUGUACACCUUUUGCCUGCCACGCAGCGGCACUGGAUGUGAUCGCCGUGCUUCGCUGAAUGGCCACGAUAUCCAUGCUUCCUUGCCCAGGGUUCCCAUGCUGCUUUACAUAGAAUGACCGUGCCUCUCAUUUGUCUUGUACCUACCCUUUAUUUAUCGCUAUUUAUUGGAAGCUGGCUCCGGCCCCGGCCCCUCCUUAUGUUUUGUAUGAUACUAUUCGUUCUGCAUCACUUUGUAUCUGUAGUAGAGUACUUUUCCUAACGUUGCACGCUGUGUUCCGUG